UGAGACCCGCAGAACUGCGAAUUUCUUGUGUGUUUUGCCUUUCUUUGUUCGUCGACGGAGUCUCCCGCAGUCCCCAAAUCCCCAAAUGUGGAAAUUCAGAGAAAAUUCAAAGUGCCGAUGACUAUGUUCACCUGAAUUUGAAUUCCCCUCAAUUGAUACAAAUUCACAAUUCAAACCAAUAAACAAUGGCGGAAAUUCCAUCUUCUUCCCCCAAAACAAUCGAAUUACCUAUGAACCGUAUAAUCAACCCUGCAAACCUAGUCGCCGCAGCAGCAUCGUCGACGGCGUCGUCCGAUCCCGGAAUCACCAUGACUUCUCCUUCUAACAACAACAAUUCUAUCUCACAAUCUCCUUCGAUUGAGAUGCAGUCUCAACAAAUGCAGCAACAGCAAAUUCAGAUGCAGCCUCAACAAAUGCAGCAACAGCAAUUGACACAAUCUCAACAACAACAGCAGCAGCAACAGCAACAGCAACAAAUGCAGCUUCAGCAGCAGAAUAAUAAUAAUUCUACUAGUCUUAACGGCAGUAAUAAUAACAACUUAAUGGCCGCCGCCUCUAAUUUUCAGAUGCAGAGAUCACCUUCCAUGUCGAGGUUAAGUCAAUUCCAAAUGCAACAGCAGCAACAGCAAUAUGGUUUGAUGAGGCAGCAAUCAGGAGGAGGAGGGCUUUAUGGUCAAAUGAAUUUUGGUUCCGGUGGUACUGCCCUCCAGCAACAGCAAUUACAGCAACAACAAUUGCAGCAGCAACAGCAGCAACAGCAACAGCAACAGCAACAACAGAAUCAACAACAGCAGCAGCAAAUAGGAGGCCAAAUGGGUAGCGGAAAUUUAACUAGGGCAGCCUUAAUGGGACAGACUGGCCAUCUUCCCAUGUUGCCCGGACAGGCUGCUGCAGCUGCUGCUGUCGCUCAGUUCAAUUUGCAAUCUCAAUUUUUGAAUCCGCCACGGCAGAAGGCAGGUCUAAUGCAGGGGAAUCAGUUUCACACAGGGAAUUCCCAUGGCCAGUCCUUGCAGGGUAUACAGGCAAUGGGAAUGAUGGGAUCUCUCAACAUGAGCUCUCAGUUAAGGGCAAAUGGUGCCCUUGCAUAUGCACACCAAAGGGUCAAUCAAAAUCAGUUGAGGCAGCAGUUGUCCCAGCAAAAUCCUCUCACCACUACUCAGGUGCCAAUCUUCGAACAUGCUAGUAACAUGUCUUUAAUGCUAAAAACUAACCCUCUCAUCUAUUCUGAUGAGUUUUCCACUUGACACCGUGGUAAAAAUUGGAGACGACUCUUUCAGAAAUCUAGUUGCAAAUUUUUCUCCAGGUUGUGUAACCCAAAAAAGUUGUCCACAGCAUUUGUUCUUCAAAUCAUUCAGGUCAUGAAUUUGGUCAUUAG